GUAACCAAUCACAUGACUCUCUUGUGUUCCAGGUAAGUCCUCCGUGCCCACCGUGCGCAUUAAAGCCCGGUACCAGAGCAUCAUCAUCCUGCCAAUGGAGCAGUACAAGGAGUUUGCAGAGUACAUCAGCUCCAACUACCUGCUGCUCUGCAACACUCUGGAGGCCUCCCUCAGUCUGAGGGCCAAGGAGGAGCUGGCCGCAGCUCUGGUCCACAUCCUUCACAGCACAGGGAAAGCUAAGGACUUCCUGACCGACUUGAUAAUGUCAGAGGUGGACCGUUGCCGUGACAAUGACCAGCUGAUCUUCCGAGAGAACACGCUGGCCACAAAAAGCAUUGAAGUGUAUCUGAAGUUAAUUGGACAAAAGUAUCUGCAGGACGCCCUGGGUAGACACUCACGUUAAUGCAUAUACAUAUAUAUAUCUUUUUCUUUUCUUUCAGCUUUGUCCCUUUAUAUAUUAGGGAUGUCUGAUAUUAACUGUUUGCCGAUAUUGUCCAGACACUUGAUUUCCGAUAUCCACCGAUACCGAUAUAACGGGGCAGCCUUGUGGUUGAGGUUAAGUGCCACCUGCUCACAAAGGAGGAUGGGUUAA